AUGAUGUUUCCAAGAAGUUUGACUAGACUCAAUUCGAAAAAUUUCACUUCAUUAUCCCAAUUUAGGACAAUGAUUACGGCUCAAGCAGUUGUAUAUUCUCAACAUGGAGAGCCAAAAGAUGUUUUAAAAACUCAUAAAUACGAAAUCGAUGAUAUAAAUCUCGCUGAUGAUGCUGUAAUUGUCAAAACCCUCGGUUCCCCUGUGAAUCCAUCAGAUAUUAAUCAGAUCCAAGGAGUUUAUCCAUCCAAGCCAGAGAAGACAACGGAAUUGGGUACAGCAGAACCAUCUGCUGUUUGCGGUAAUGAAGGAUUGUUUGAAGUAUUAAAGGUUGGACAGGGUGUCAGCAAGUUUGAGGUAGGAGACUGGGUAGUUCCGGCAGCAGUAAACUUCGGUACCUGGAGGACUCAUGCCUUAGGUAGUGAGCGUAAUUUUAUUAGACUCCCAAACCCAGAGCAAUCGAAGGCUUCGGGCAAAGGUCCAGGUUUGACUGUUAAUCAAGGUGCAACUAUAUCAGUGAACCCACCCACUGCAUACUUGAUGCUUACCCAUUUUGUUAGAUUGACUCCUGGUAAGGAUUGGUUUAUUCAAAACGGUGGAAAUUCUGCCGUAGGAACUUUUGCUACACAAAUGGGUAAAUUAUUGGGUUUCAAUUCUAUUUCUGUCAUAAGGGAUAGGCCAAAUGUCGAUGAAUUAAUUGAAGAAAUGAUAAAGGAAAAGGGGGCAACUAGAGUUAUUACUGAAGAGGAUAAUAACUCAAAAGAAUUUGGCUCAACUAUCAAAUCAUGGGUCAAAGAAACUGGUGGAGCAAUAAAAUUGGCCUUGAAUUGUGUAGGUGGAAAGAAUGCUACUGGAGUUGCAAGAAAGUUAGACAAAAAUGGACUCAUGUUGACAUAUGGUGGUAUGUCCAUGCAACCAGUUAUCAUCCCAACCUCGUUACAUAUAUUCAAAAACAUCACUUCGUCAGGUUUUUGGGUCACUGAGCUUCUUAAGAAUGACCUUGACUUAAAGCUUAAGACUUUGAAUCAAAUUGUAGAUUGGUACGAGUCCGGAAAACUUCAAGAUGCUCCGUCCCAUGAGAGUCAUUUUAGUUCUGACGGGUCUAAAUCCUUGAGUGAGAUAUAUGUAGAAGGUGUUCAGAACUCCAAGAAGGGAAAGCAGUUGAUAACCUAUUAA